UCAUGCUGCUUCGCUCUCGCCGGUGUGGAGUGUAGUCCUGCCUGUUGUCUGACUGCUGUGGAGUGUGUUUUAUCAGUGAAAGAGCUUUACCACUAGUGUGGGAGAAGGAUUUCACAGUAUGGCGUUAAACUUCACCAUCAACACGAGCAAUCCGCCUCUCGGAGCGCUCCUUGCAGCAGAGCAUGUGAAGAGCAGCGUGCAGGUAUCAGUGGAGGAAGGCAAAGACACCAGGCUUCAUGUCUCAGAUGCAAUCCAGUUCAGUGAUACUAACUCCAUCAGUCGGUACCUGGCUCGUGUGGCUCCCGCUCUGGGUCUUUAUGGGGCCAACAUGAUGGAACAGACUGAGGUUGACCACUGGUUGGAGUUCAGUGCACGGCGUCUGUGUGGUCAGCCUGGUUUGGCCGCUGCACUGGGAGAACUGGAUAAGGCCCUCUCUUUGCGGACUUUCCUAGUGGGACAUGCUGUCACCCUCGCUGACCUUUCUGUUUGGGCUGCCCUCAAAGGUCAUGGUGAAUGGCAAGGCCAGAGCAAAUCCUUCCCACAUGUCAACCGCUGGUUCUCUUUCCUGAGCUCACAGGUUCCUUUUACCUCCGUUGGAAACAAAUACGCAAUGAAAAACCCUCCAAUGAGCAAAUCCAACUCAGAUGAGAAGAAGCAGGAUGUUGGCAAGUUCGUGGAUUUGCCAGGAGCUGAAAUGGGCAAAGUGGUGGUUCGAUUCCCUCCAGAGGCCAGCGGAUACCUGCACAUUGGCCAUGCCAAGGCAGCUCUCCUCAACCAGCACUACCAGGUCUCAUUUAAAGGCAAGCUCAUCAUGCGCUUCGAUGACACCAACCCUGAGAAGGAGAAGGAGGACUUUGAGAAGGUGAUCCUGGAGGAUGUUGCCAUGCUCCAGAUCCAUCCAGACCAGUUCACCUACACCAGUGACCAUUUCCCCACCAUUAUGAAGUUUGCUGAGCAGCUGCUUGCUGAGGGCAAAGCCUACAUUGACAACACUCCUCCAGAGCAGAUGAAGCAGGAGAGGGAUCAGCGUGCUGAGUCCAAAUGCAGAAACAACACGGUGGAGGAGAACAUGAAGAUGUGGGCGGAGAUGAAAUCUGGGACAGAGUUUGGUCAGACCUGCUGCAUGAGAGCCAAGAUCGACAUGAACUCCAACAAUGGCUGCAUGAGAGACCCCACCCUGUACCGCUGCAAGAACACGCCCCACCCUCGCACCGGAAACACCUACAGAGUCUAUCCUACGUACGACUUUGCCUGCCCCAUCGUGGACAGUUUGGAGGGGGUAACUCAUGCCCUGAGGACCACCGAGUACCACGAUCGUGAUGAGCAGUUCUACUGGAUCAUCGACGCCUUGCGCCUCAGGAAGCCUUACAUCUGGGAGUAUGCCCGACUCAACCUGAACAACACAGUGCUGUCCAAGAGAAAGCUCACCUGGUUUGUCGACCAGGGUUACGUCGAUGGAUGGGAUGACCCUCGCUUCCCCACUGUUAGAGGAGUCUUGAGGAGAGGAAUGACAGUCGAGGGUCUGAAACAGUUCAUAGCAGCUCAGGGUGGAUCGAGAUCAGUGGUGAACAUGGAGUGGGACAAGAUCUGGGCUUUCAAUAAGAAGGUUAUUGAUCCAGUGGCUCCCAGGUUCACUGCUUUGUCCAGCUCCUACGUGGUUCCUGUUUCUGUGGAAGAGGCUAAAGAAGAGAUGAAAGAAGUGGCCAAACAUCCCAAGAACGCAGACGUGGGCAUGAAGGAGGUUUGGUACGGACCUCGUGUUCUGGUGGAAGGAGCGGAUGCUGAAACAUUCUCAGAGGGAGAGAUGGUCACCUUCAUCAACUGGGGCAACCUCAUCAUCACCAAGAUUAACAAAGGGUCUGAUGGGAAGGUUGUGUCCAUGGAGGCUCGUCUGAACCUGGACAACAAGGACUACAAGAAGACCACAAAGAUCACAUGGCUUGCUGAGACGAACAGCGCCCCCCUGCUGCCCACCAUCUGCGUCAACUACCAGCCCCUCAUCUCCAAACCUGUCAUCACCAAAGACGAUGACUUCAAGGACUACAUCAAUAAAAACAGCAAGCUGGAGGAGAAGAUGCUUGGAGACCCCUGUCUGAAGAGCCUAAAGAAAGGAGACAUCAUCCAGCUCCAGAGACGAGGCUUCUACAUAUGUGACCAGCCCUAUGAGCCAGUCAGUCCUAACAGUUGUAAGGAAAGUCCAUGUGUGCUGCUCUACAUCCCUGAUGGACACGUCAAAGAGAUGCCGACUGCUGGAUCCAAGGACAAGAGCAAGAGCCAAGCCUCUAAUAACACACCUGCCACCCCUUCAAAGGCUGCCUCAACCUCUGCCUCACCGCCUACCUCAGCCUCAGUGGGAGACUUAUUCUCCAGCAUUGUAGCACAAGGAGAAACUGUUCGCCAGCUGAAGGCCGCCAAAGCCCCCAAAGAAGACGUGGACAAAGCAGUUCAGCAGCUGCUCUCUCUUAAGGGGCAGUUUAAGGAACAGACAGGUGUAGACUACAAGCCAGGUAUGGCUCCUCCCACUACCGCUUUCACCCCAUCAACUGCAUCAACAGACUCCGCCUCUUGUCCGUUCACCCGUGUUUCCCAGCAGGGGGAGCUGGUCAGGAAGCUAAAAGCAGAGGGAGCACCUAAGGACCAGAUUGACGCAGCGGUAAAGCAGCUCCUGGCUCUCAAGGCAGAGUUUAAGAAGCUGACUGGUCAGGAUUAUAAACCAGGGAUGGCCCCUUCCACUCCUGCCUCCUCCUCUGCUUCUUCUCCUGCAGCCAAGUCCUCCUCUUCCUCCUCUCCUUCCCCUUCUUACACCUCUUCUUCAGGCCUGUAUGAGCGUGUUGCAGAGCAAGGGGAGGUUGUGAGGAAACUGAAGUCUGAAAAAACCCCCAAGGAUCAGGUCGAUGCAGCCGUCAAACAGCUGCUGUCCCUGAAGGCAGAGUACAAACAGAUCACAGGACAGGAGUACAAACCUGGAGCGGCUCCAGUUCAGAAAGCCCCUGCCCCAGCACCCGUCCAGAACAGCCCAAGUGCUGCUCCUGCUGCUACCGGCCUCUAUGAGAAGGUGGCUGAGCAGGGAGAGGUGGUGAGGAAACUGAAGACUGAAAAAGCCCCUAAGGAUCAGGUUGAUGCUGCAGUGAAGCAGCUGUUGGCUCUAAAAGCUGAGUACAAACAGCAAACUGGACAGGAUUACAAACCAGGAUUACAAGCACCUGCUAGCCCUGCCCAGACACAGUCCAGCUCUCCAUCAGCCAACUCAUCCCCACAGGCCCAGCAGUUAUUCUCCCAGGUGGCCCAGCAGGGGGAGCUAGUGAGGAAGUUAAAGACUGAGAAGGCCCCCAAGGACCAGGUGGAUGAAGCUGUGAAGACCCUCCUGGACCUGAAGAGCCAGUAUAAGACCCUUACAGGAGAGGACUACAAACCAGUGGCUGCUGCAGGAGCCAGUGGAGGGGAGGACAAAAACCGCAAAGAGAGAGAGAACAAGUCUGAGAAACAGGGAGGAGGAGGAGCAGGAGGAGGCAAGAAGGGUAAAGGAGAAAAAGGCAACCAGGGCAAGGAGACACCAGGAGGAGCAGGAGGGGCAGGAGAGGGUCAAGGACCAAAGAAACAAACACGAUUGGGCUUGGAGGCCAAGAAAGAGGAGAACCUGGCUGACUGGUACUCUCAGGUCAUCACUAAAGCAGAGAUGAUCGAGUACUACGACGUCAGUGGCUGCUACGUGUUGCGGCCCUGGUCCUACUCCAUCUGGGAGUCCAUUAAAGAAUUCUUUGACCGGGAGAUUAGGAAGCUGGGAGUAGAGAACUGCUACUUCCCCAUGUUUGUGUCCCAGGCCGCCCUUGAGAAAGAAAAGUCCCACAUUGAAGACUUUGCUCCAGAGGUUGCCUGGGUGACCAGGUCAGGGAAGACUGAGCUGGCAGAGCCCAUCGCUGUGAGACCCACCAGUGAGACAGUGAUGUACCCCGCCUACGCUAAAUGGGUCCAGUCCCACAGAGACCUGCCAAUCAAACUCAACCAGUGGUGUAAUGUUGUGAGAUGGGAAUUUAAACACCCACAGCCCUUCCUAAGGACCAGAGAGUUUCUGUGGCAGGAGGGACACACAGCCUUUGCCACCAAAGAGGAGGCUGCUGAAGAGGUGCUUCAGAUCCUGGAUUUGUACGCCAGAGUGUAUGAAGAGCUGAUGGCGAUCCCUGUGGUGAAGGGGAGGAAGACAGAGAAGGAGAAGUUUGCAGGAGGAGAUUACACCACCACUGUGGAGGCCUUUAUCUCUGCUAGUGGUAGAGCCAUUCAGGGUGCCACUUCCCACCAUCUUGGACAGAACUUCUCUAAGAUGUUUGAGAUCGUGUUUGAGGAUCCAAAGAGACCAGGAGAAAAACAGCUAGCUUUCCAGAACUCCUGGGGAAUCACAACCAGGACCAUUGGUGUCCUAACCAUGGUGCAUGGAGACAACAUGGGACUGGUACUGCCUCCCAAGGUGGCCUGUUUGCAGGUCGUCAUCAUCCCAUGUGGAAUCACUGCCUCACUUUCAGAGCAGGACAAGGAGGCUCUGUUGGCUCAGUGCUCUAAAUAUCAAAGCAGGCUGCUGGAUGCUGAUGUGCGGGUGAAGUCUGACCUUCGAGACAACUACUCCCCUGGGUGGAAGUUCAACCACUGGGAACUCAAGGGAGUUCCUAUCCGCCUGGAGGUCGGUCCUAAGGAUAUGCAGCAGAAGCAGUGUGUAGCUGUGAGGAGAGACACCGGAGCUAAAGUGACAAUUCCAGAGGCUGAGGUUGAGAAGAAGCUCCUUGCCAUGUUGGAGGACAUCCAGAACUGCCUGUUCAAGAAAGCCUCAGAUGACCUGAAGAAAAACAUGGUGGCUGCAGACACGAUGGAACAGUUCCAGAAAGAGUUGGACCAGGGCAAGAUCGUCCAGAUCCCGUUCUGUGGAGGAAUCGAGUGUGAGGAUUGGAUCAAGAAAACCACUGCCAAGGACCAGGACCUGGAGCCUGGAGCUCCAUCCAUGGGAGCAAAGAGCCUCUGUAUCCCCUUCUCCCCGCUGAAGACGCUGCAGCCUGGUCAGAUGUGCGUCAGCGGCAAGGAGGCUGCACAGUACUACACUCUGUUUGGACGCAGCUACUAAAGAGCUUCUCAGCUGCAGCACAAGGAUGAACACCAUAGUCAGAAGGGCUCUCCUACCUAAUCACAUCUAUGUCCUUUUCUGUUAUCUCAUUAGGGUUUUUAGGGCAAUGGGUAUAUGGAAGGUGAGUGGAAUGGAAGUAUGUUUCUUUUUUUAUUAACAUAUGUUAUUAUUUUUACUUGUGUAAAAGAAAGCUGAGGUGAGAGAAAAUGUUUGUAGCACUGUUCCUUUAAGUUAAAACAGAACACCCACUGUGUUAGAAAGGGAAUAUCACAAGACAACGAGCAAACAGAGCAUAAAACGAGAGAUAUUUUUCAAAACAUGGCACUUACAAAGACAAAAUCACAUUGUUGAAUCACUUCUGAUUUGCAGUUUGUUUGUCUCCCUACUUCAAACUGACAGUAAGAAAAUCCUAUUUUAGUUCUUUUCAGUUUCUAAUUUAUGAUUUGAGUAGGUAAAGCCCUUUUGAAAUCAUGAAUAAUUCUUUAGAGCUGUUUGCCUCCUGGUGUCUGGUGAAAAGUGGCUGUUCCAUCUCAUGCAGUCAAACUGUCUCAGGACCUCCACAGUUACUUGAUGUGUUAUUCUCACAGCUUUCUCUGCCCUCCUCUGUUUGUUCGAGUGGUUACUGUGUGGCUCAUUGUUCACUGCUUAAAUACCAAUACCUCUGAGCCUAAUGACGACCUCUCUCAUAAGCUGUACAUGGUUUCUGUCCAAUAAAAAAACCCUCUGUCACAUCUCUCCUGUAAAAGGAUUCUUCUUGUCAAUAAUAAAAUUAAUUUCCAUGGCAAA